GACUGAUCACGUGAUUAAUAGUGUAGUACAUGUCAAUAAUAGGAAAAAGACAUGUGAUGUCACCGAGUUAUGGAGCCCGUCUUUAAAGUUCCAGUUUAGGAGAGCUGGGAACCUACAGAUUGUACUGUUUUCCUGCCGAGACUGCUGCCCUAUGAAGGCGUGAAAGGAUGUCAGCUCCCCCUGGUGGCGAGGCCACACUUGUACAGAGUCUGGCGACACUGCUGAGGAACUCUGGCGACUCAGUGCUGGAUGGGACCAGCACGCUGACGCUGAAAGUGACCCACCUGCAGCAGUUGACGCGUCUCUUCGAGCGCUACCUACUGUCACGGACGCACCAACAUGGCUUCCUGGCCCUGCCAUCACACCCGGCCGACACCUCCUCCCUGUUGCAGCUGCAGCUCCUCUUCGACAUCCUGCAGAAGACGGUUUCCCUCAAGCUGAUUCACCCUCCUGGCCCUAGGUUGCAGUCUGUGGUGAAGAUCUUCCCUUUCAAGUCCCUCAGGUGCUUGGAGCUGAAGCGUGUGCCCCCGCACAGUCUGGAGGGCCUCAGAGCAGUCUACUCCCAAUUGGAGGUCUUUAUGUGCUCAAAGAGCAUCAGCUCCCUGGAGGAGCUCCUCUCCCUCUGCGGAGGGGACCUCAGCUCUGCUAUGCCCUGGUUGGAGCUGCACACUCUCAACUUCAGCUACAACUCCGUCGUAAGCCUCGACGAAUCUCUGAGUUUGCUCAAUGUCCUGAAGUCCUUGGACCUGAGCCACAACAAGAUACAGGACUGCAGUAAGUUCCUCCUGCCUCUCAGUGAACUGGAGCACCUGAACCUGGGAUACAACUUCCUGCAGAGGAUGCCCUUUUUGGGUCUGGGUGGCCGUGCCCGGCUUGUCACACUGAUCCUCAGGAACAAUGAGCUGGAGACCAUCAAUGGGGUGGAGCAGCUCUCUAGCCUGCAGCAUCUGGACCUGGCAUACAACCUGCUGCUGGAGCACUCCCAGCUCGCACCCUUAUCGCUCCUGCACUGCCUCAGCAUGCUCCAGCUGGAAGGGAACCCUCUGUACUUCCACAGAAGCCACAGGACCAGCACGGUGAAACACCUCUCCCCAAAGGCGGCGCUGAGCAGGUUCAAACUGGACGGCAGCUUCCUGACAUCCUCUGAGCUGGCUGUUCUGCCCAAGUCAGGGCAGUUGAUUGGACAACUGGGGCAGACCAUGCCUCCAGUUGCCAUAGUGCCCGAGCGGGGGGCCACAGAAGUUUCCAGCGGAGGUGGGGACAUGAGUGACAGCCUCUCUGUGAGUGAACCGGGGGUGACACGGUUACCAAAAAAGAAAUCCAAGAACAGGGUGCGUGUGAGGAGAGCUAGCAUUUCUGAGCCAAGUGACACAGACCAUGAGUCCAAGGCCAUGGUCAUCCGGCACGACAUCGUGCUCCACCACCAGAAGGAAAUCGAGAGGAUGGACGUGUUCCGUGAGCAGCUGGGUGAAGACUGGCUGCGCUAUCAGCACCACCUGGAUGUGGUGCUGGUGAGGCAGACAGAUCCAGCCUCUGGGGCGCUGGCUGUCAAUGGCCACUGUGUCCUCAACUCUACCCACAUCACGGGCCAUGCUGUAGCCCCCUCUGACAGUCUCCCCACCCCCUUGCUCCCUCCUGAGCCCAGAGAAACUGGGUCUGACCCGGAGACAGAGUCUACACUUCAGUGGCCUGGCUGCAGCCCUGGGGAAGGGGAGUCCACCCUGGAGACCAGCCUGAGGGUCCCGACAGUCGUGGGUGUUGAGGCUGCCCCAGAGGAGGAGGAGCUUGGAGUGGACCAGUGUCUUCCCCUGCUGGUUGGAGUGAUUUUGGACUCAGCGGGGAAACCGGAUGACAGGAAGUUGCCCUGCCCACUGUUCCUGCGGGUCAAACCAGGUCACCUGCUUGAGGUGGAUAUGCACAGCGGAGCUGUUCUGGUCCGACUGGAGCUGGACAGCCUGAGGGACGUCACCACCUCCGAGGCCGUGUGGGCGGACAAGGUAGGAGAGCGCACGCUGCCUUCGCUGCACCUGAACUUCAGCUACAUCAGCCGCAUGCGGCGUAAACGGCAGUAUGUGCUGCUAGAUGACAACCCCCAGGUGGCACUACAGGCGCUGGUUGACAUCCUGUCACAUGUUGCUGAGGACAACGGGCGCCAGGCAGCGGAACAGCUGCUGGGUACCCCCCUGCAGUGUCUGAGGUGUCAAGCUGAGUUCCUCCAUCGGGGGCGUUGCCAGGACCAGGAGCUCGAAGACACGGAAGCAGGACGGGACUCAGCUGGAGAUGCCUUGGCCUGCCCAAAAUGUGGCAGUGAUCACGUGGUGCAGCGAGCUGUUUGUCAGGGGCCCUCCACCAGCACUCCCGGCCUGUGCUUGAGCGAGGCAGAUAAUGCCGUCCCGAGCUUCACCUUUGAGGAUGGGGCCGUCGCCUCCAGCACUCUGAACCCAAAGGCUGAGGCCCUCAGCAGCACAAGCCCCCCGCGGACAACGCAGGAGCAAACAGCAGAGGAGAAAUCUCAGCUCACUGAGACAUUCCUUACUGCCAGGAGCAGCACCUGUCUGGGAUCAGAGGGGCUACAGGCCUUCCACACCCCCAACAGGUUGCACGUGGAAGUGGCCCCUCCCUCAGCCCACGGCAGGGAAUUGGACUUUGCGACCAGCUUGAGUUAUAGCUACAGCACGCCCCGGCUCGCGCCAAACGCCACCCCCCCUGCUGAGGGGUCCAGCCCAGCCCAGAUUGACCUGCUCUCUGAGGACUUUGAGGCUGUGGAUCACCGGCUGAAGCUCUACCUAGACAUGGAGGUGUUUGAGGAGGACUCAGAGGAGCUUCGCUGUUUCCUCAAGAUGUCGGUGGUGAGGUCUGGCCAGGCCGAGGAGUUUGCAUCCCUCCUGGUGGUGUCAGACCAGCGCUUCUACUUCCUGGAGAUCACCUCAGAAAUGCAAGGCCAGCCGUCUGAUUGGCUGAAGAAGAGGAAGCACCACCGUGUGGCUGACCUCUGCUACUUGGAGGUGGGCCUGGGCUCUCAGAGCUUGCACAUGCAGUUCGAGGAUGGAGGUCCCGCAUCCUACACCCUGCUGGUGCGCCAUAACACACGCUGCAAGCGGUUCUUUAACCUUCUCACAGGCAUCGCCCGGGAGUUGGCCUCCGAGUGUGACAGCCAUCUGCGCUCCAUCUCCACUUCGCGACUGCACCCCAAGCACCCCCUCUGGUCUCUGGUGUAUGACACCAGCUCCUCUGAUGGUGUGGAAGACUUCCAGCUGCACUUCUUCUACCUGCUGGCCUUUGUGCAACGAGACGGCCAUUUUACCCCAGUGACAGUGCUAGCCACUGAGGAUACUCUCUACCUGCUAAAGGAAGACCACCAAUGGAGCAAGAGCCCGCCUAGCUCCUCAUCCAAUGAGAUCACACCUUUCCAUGGAGAAAAGGUCAUAGUUCAGGAGAGUCAGCCAGUCAGUUGUGUCAGCUCCAUCCAUCUGUUCUCCUGUGACCCUUUCCGCAUUGACAUCAACCUUUAUGAUGAGAUGCUGCAGGUACAGAAGACAUGGGCUCUGAAGACUGAGAGCGAGGACCUGGCCCAGGGCCUGGUGGACUGGGUCAAGGCCCACUGGGAAGCCAUGUUUGGAGUCAAGCUGAUCACGAACAUCAUAGAGUCCGGAAUAUGACACGCCACUGCUUCCAACCCAGAACGAUGGCUGGACCGGAGGGUCCAUGUGAUGCCUCCAAAGGGAAAAGCUCUUUUGAUUCUUCUAAGAUUACCCAGGAUGCCCUCUUCUGCCCCCCCCUUCCAGGCCUCCAAAGAUCUCCUCACGCUGUGUUCCCUCCUGCUUCUCAUUUUAUUUUUAUAUUUUUUUCUGAUGUUUAAAAAAUUUGGCACAAAUGAUGGAAAGUAUUUUUUUUUUGGUUUUGGUAGAUUUGUUCUGGUUACACUGUGCAGAGGGAGGGAAUGUCUUUGUUUAUACGAGCCAGACUCCAAUCAGAGCUGUGCAAAAUUUGAUGACUGUUUUUAGUGAUCAGGGGUGUGCGUGAGUCUUGCUCUUCCAGCAGACAGCUCACUCGGAGGUCCAAGAGCAGUUCUUUGUCCAGCACUAGGCCCCACAGUCCACUGGGUAGGCUUAAGGCUUAUCCAUCCAAAUAUACUUCCUCGGCUGAGCAUGAGUGUCAGAGACUCUUAAAAGGGCAGUGAAACAAAUAUUUGUGUUUGUGGUUAUCUUGUACACAGAAGACAGCAGCAAUAAAGAAACACAUUAGCGUGUAAAAACAGAAAGUUCCUGCUGCGGUGUGCCGGGGACGUGGCUGGGGAGCCGCAGACAGCUUGUGUCAGGAUACCAGGCUGGGAUGGGCACCGUGGGCAAUCGCUGGCAGUUCAACUCGACCACCCUCUCAAACUGAGAAUCUUCAUGUUUAGUGUAAGAGUGGAUGCCAUAUGGAGCGUGCUGCUCUGAGCCGUGGAGUCCCAUCUGAUAGCCGGAUUCCACAGGAGUGCGUCAGGGGGCUUGGCCUUCACCCUUAACCCUGGGUCACAGGACACUGUAGAUAGUGAAUGGAUGAGUUUCGGAAAUGCAAGAUUAUAAUAGGUAUUUAUUCUACCAUGUGUGUCAUCUGCCUUGUUGUCUGUAAGCUGAUGUGUGGGAAAAGGUGCAGAUUUUAUUUGAGAAGGAAAUCCAUUGUUCUCAUUCUAUAUGAUGCUUUUGUGUGAAUCGUAAUGUAAAAAUGGACGUAGUGCUCUUCGGUCAGUAAAAUAAAAUGUAAACACGC